GCUAAAUCAGUUCGUCACGAGGAACCAUCCCGGAAGUGCGCGGCUAAACAACUGACAUGUACAGGAGAGAAACUUGGCGAAAGAAAAAGUAGCUUCGCGAGACACAAUCUCGAGUAUCUCCGUGUUAUUGGACCGUAUGUUGGUCUGGGGCGAAUAUGAACAUAAUGGAGUCAUCACUGAGAAUUAUCACUUUGUCGCUCAUUCUUUUCAUAACUCAGAUAAAAUGCCAAGAAGCAAUUCUUCGUAUUUCAAAUGAAGAUAGAAACCAGGAAUACUGCAUCGUCCACAAUCACUCCUGGACCCCACUGGAAGAAAACCCUCGCUCUGCUCCACAGUACCCACUGGUGAACAUGAUCUCCACUCGGCUGUGUGACGGCUCUGGGUUCCAACCAGAUUUGUUCAAGGGCAAAGCUGUAGUUGUGAUGAGAGGAGAGUGUAAUUUCAGUCAAAAAGCCAUUGUUGCCCAGAUACUCGGAGCCACCAGUUUGCUGAUUGCCAGCAACACAUCACUGAUAACUCCCAGCGCCAAUGCCUCAGAGUAUGCAAAGGUCCACAUCCCCCUGGCUCUUAUGAGGUACAGGGACAUCAUGGAGGCGCAGCAGAUUUUUGGUGAAGAGAUGCUGGUGCAGAUGUACGCUCCACCAGUGUCAAAGAUUGAUCCAAGCAUCUUUGUCAUUCUACUGAUCGCCAUUGUCACCGUUUCUUUGGGCGGCUGCUGGAGUGGAGCCUGUGAAAGAGAGCGGUUGCAAAGUGGUGGCAGUGGUGCAGGAAGUGGAGAGAACAAGGGAGACGGUGGAGAUCUGUUUCUCUACUCUCCUCUGAAAGUGGUCAUCUUUGUGGCCAUGAUGUGUGGGAUGCUGGUGCUCAUGUACUUCUUUUACAGUGUCCUUGUUUAUGUCAUCAUUGCCAUCUUCUGCAUGGCUUCUGCAUCUGCGUUAUUCAGCUGUUUCGAUGCAGUGCUGGAUAAACUUGGCUGUGGAACUGUAAACUUUACGAUACGAAGUUGGAAUUUGUCUUUGAGGUCUCUCAUAUUGGCUGCUAUCUGCAUCAGCAUCUCUGUGGUGUGGGGUGUCUACAGAAAUGAAGACAGGUGGAUCUGGAUCCUGCAGGACCUUCUCGGCGUUGCCUUCUGCCUUAAUUUCAUGAAAACGAUUUCUUUGUCCAAUUUCAAGAUCUGUGUGAUCCUGCUCACCCUUCUGCUUGUCUAUGACGUCUUCUUCGUUUUCAUUACUCCUUUCUUCACAAAGAAUGGCGUCAGCAUCAUGGUUCAGGUUGCACUCGGUCCUGAUGCAUCUGGGGAAAGGACACAAGGUAACAUGGUGGAGAUCCCUGCCGAACCCCAACCUCCCUCUGAGAAACUGCCAGUUGUGAUGCGUGUCCCCCGGCUCUCGGCCUGGGCCCAAAACCUUUGUGCGAUGCAGUUCUCGAUCCUGGGUUAUGGAGACAUCAUUGUUCCAGGUCUUCUUGUAGCUUACUGCAGCAGGUUUGAUGUUUGGAUCAACAGCAGCAGGAAGAUCUACCUCAUCAGCUGCUGCACAGCUUAUCUGAUGGGAAUGAUCCUGACGUUCAUCGUCAUGCUCCUGUCAGGGAUGGGUCAGCCGGCUCUGUUGUACCUGGUGCCCUUCACUCUGAUAACAUCAACCGUGUUGGCUAAGUGCCGUGGAGAGUUGAAACAGUUCUGGACAGGAACCCCAUAUGAGGUCUUGGACUCAUCCAGGGAACCGCUGUUGUCAGAGGGAAGACCUGACAGCGUCCUAGAAGGAGAGCGAUGCUGACCUGAGGUGUUGGGCUGAAAUGUUGUAUACUUUUUUUAAACGUACAUAUUUUUAUUACUAUUUCAGUGUGAGGGAACCAAGGUGGUUCUUGAUCAAAACAUUCUAGAGACAGUAGGUAAUUGUGAUUGCUGUGAAAGAAGAAGAUUAAUGUUGGGUUUUUUGUUUUUGUUUUGUGAUUUAAACAUCUGUUUGCCUCAUUUUGUAAAGACUUUGCCUUGAUGAUUGCAAACUACAAAAUAAGAAAGCACUUUAUAAUUUAGCCUAACUGUUUGGGUCAUCGUGGAAAGGGUGACGGUCACGGGUUUGAAUUACUGGCAAAUGAAAAACUUUUGACAACUGUUUUGGGAUCUAUCUGUAACGUGUUUAUAUCAUGCUUUCAUUGUCUUUUAAUAAAAUAAUAAGGUCUACUUAAUAAA